GAAUCCGUCAAGUCUCAGCUCAUGGACGCGGUCGCCGGCACGAAGCGCGGCCUCGCGGCGUCCGGCGCCGCGCGCGCGCGCAUCAACGAGCUCAUCGCGACGUUGGAAGCGUCGAACCCGACGCCGAGCCCGGCCACCGCCGACGGCGCCGCCGGCCUCGCCGGCGAAUGGAAAAUCGCGUACACGUCCGCGAGCGAGCUCCUCCUCCUCCUCGCGUCGGAGAACCUCCCCGGGGUCACGAUCGGGGACAUCACGCAGACGAUCGACGUCGUCGCCGGCACGGUGGAGAACAGAGUGAACGUCCGCGCGCCGCUUAUCGACACGUCGUUGAUCGCCACGGCGGAUUUCGAGGCGACGUCGCCGAAGCGCAUCCGCGUCAAGUUCACCGACGCCGGCGUCGUCACGCCGUCGAUCGAUACCUCGUCGGUGCUGCAGUACAUCGACCUUCCGCCGACGAUCGACGUCGCGGGCCAGAUCAUCGACACGACCGCCGCGUCCGAGGCGCUGGAGCCGCUCAGAAAGGCAGCGGAGGGCGCGCUCGGGGGGCUCGCGGAGGCGGUUAAGACGCUGCCUCCGGCGCUCAAGGUGCCGCUCCCGGGCGGCGGGCUCGGCGCCGCGGGCGCGGAGGGUGCCGAGAGCACGUGGUUGCUGACGACGUACCUCGACGAGGACACGCGCGUCGCCCGGGGGGACGGCGGAAGCGUGUUCGUGAUG